AAUGGGCACAAAGUGAUAAUCUCGCUGGACGCAAUCAAAAAGCCGGUGGUCCGAAACAAAGCUUACCGUUGGAAAAGGUUGGUGAACGGCUGUUUUCCCGCAAACACGGACUCGCUGUUUGACGUUUGAUAGCAACACACACACACACCCAUACAGCGCAUCAAUACAUCCGUUUUGCACCGUCGAUUUGGGGGAAAUUUUAGAGGACAAUUUUAGAUUGUUAGUUGAAAAAUCUUCUCCUCUUUUGGAUUAUUCAAUUUCAAAAAAAAUUAUCCAAAAAUUGCUUUAAAACCAAUGCAUUCUGUGAUUUGGAAUCGAGUGUUUUCUUCCUCUUCUUUCCUUGUUUACAUCGCUUGACGUUGACAACAUCGCUAGCUGUCAGUUGGACGAAACAGCCGGUCGAAAGAAAAAUAACAUUUCGCAACAAUUCACAAGAAAGUGCAUUUCCCACGGAUGCAAUACAUUUAAUUAAGCGCUACCGAUCUCUCCGACCGACCGAAAGUGUAAUCACCAUGUUCAACUGCUUACGGCUAACAUCGUGCAUCGCACGGACUGGUAGCAACAAAUUCGCCCCACUUAAAACCAUCAGCCCUGCAGCCAGAUCGUUCGUGAGCAAUUCCUCCUCGCUGCUAGUCAAAUCAUACGGCGGGGGAUUUACAUUUCGUGAUGCAACAAAGAACAGCUUACUAACGAUAGGAAGAACGCUUCGAACAACGCCCAUCAGCCGUUACUGCACCAAACCGAGCGUUCCGGAGAAGGGAGCAAAAACCGUUGGUUACUGGUUGCUAGGAUGCAGCGGCAUGGUAUUCGUUGCCGUCGUACUAGGUGGUGUUACGCGCCUUACCGAGUCGGGCCUCUCGAUGGUAACGUGGAAACUGCUGGGUGAGAAGAUGCCACGGACGGAAGCGGAAUGGCGCGAAGAGUUUGACCGCUAUCAACAAUUUCCUGAAUUUAAACUCAAAAACCAGGAUAUUACACUGCAAGAAUUCAAACUGAUCUGGUACAUGGAGUACGGGCACCGUAUGUGGGGCCGUGCGAUAGGUGCAUUCUACGCCAUUCCAGCGGCUUACUUCUGGAGCAAAGGAUACUUCAACAAAGCGAUGAAAACGCGCGUUCUCGUGUUUGGCGCCCUCAUCGGUGCCCAGGGCUUGAUGGGCUGGUACAUGGUGAAAUCGGGGCUUGAGGAUCGAUUCCACGACGAAAGCGACGUACCGCGCGUUUCCCAGUACCGUCUCGCAUCGCAUCUCGGAUUUGCGAUCGUGCUUUACUCACUCUUCCUGUGGUCCGCGCUGGACAAGCUACUGCCUGCGCAGAAGCUGAUCGGUCAGAUUCCGGCCGCCACAUUCCGCUUCAAGGGGCUGGCACAUGCUACGAAGGCGGCCGUCUUUCUUACCGCCCUUUCCGGCGCAUUUGUGGCCGGACUCGAUGCGGGGCUGAUUUACAACUCGUUCCCGAAAAUGGCUGACCGUUGGAUACCGAGCGAUAUACUUGCCCUCUCGCCCGCGUUACGCAACUUUACCGAAAAUCCCACCACGGUACAGUUUGACCAUCGUGUGCUCGGUACGGCCACACUAACGCUCAUCACGGGCAUGUUUCUGCUUUCGCGCCGUCGAUUGCUACCACCGCGCGCGUACAAGGCGGCCACGGCAGUUGCGGCGAUGGGCUGGAUGCAGGUUGCCCUCGGCAUAACGACGUUACUUACUUACGUGCCCGUACCGCUGGCGGCUAGCCAUCAAUCGGGUUCGUUGAUUCUGCUCUCGUUGGCCAUCUGGCUAACGCACGAACUGAAACUUGUUAAGCGAUUACCCAAAUAAAUAAAAAACCGGCCGGCGUUCAGUGAACAUUA